AUGCAGCUGAAGUUAAAGAAGAACUGGAUAGAAACAACACAGUGUAGAGUGAAGUAUGAUGACAGCCGCCUAAGGAUCACCAGCAUCAGGGAAAAGUUUGGACUUAAGUUAAAGAACAAGUUUGAGGUGCUACAUGAGCUGCAUGAGAAAGAGGAAAGCAAAGGUGUACAGGCCAGCUGGCAGACAAUAAAAGAGACAUUAAGAACAGCCUGUCAAGAAGUGGUCGGAGCAAAUAAACAUCACCACAAAUAAUUGAUCACAGCUGAGACCUUGGGCUUGAUAGAAGAGCGAAAACAGAAGAAGGUGGCAGUAAACAACAGGACUAGGGCAGAAAAAGCCAAAGCCCAAGUGGAAUACACAGAAGUCCACAGAGCAGUGAAGAAGAGCAUUAGGAAGGACAAGAAAGACUACAUAGAUGGGCUGGCAGCUGAAGCAGAACAGGCAGCAUACAACAGCAACAUGAAACAGCUGUACGGCACAGCUAAAAAAACUGUCUGGGAAGUACAGCAAGCCAGAACGACCCAUCAAGGACAAGGAGAUCUCCCCAUCAACAGCGGCAAGCCGACUAGAGAAGAGAUCGGGAAGGCAAUCACCCUGAUGAAGAAUGGGAAGGCAGCUGGACUUGAUAACAUACCAGCAGAGGCCCUGAAAGCAGACCUGAAAUCAUCAGUGGAGAUACUGUAUCUGGGAGGAAGAAGAGAUAUCGACUGA